GUACUUGCUGUACUUCCGCAUUAGUAGACGCACACACAUGCCCUGUAGGUGUGCAGGUUCCUGCUGUUCAACAGAAAGCGAACAGCUCUUCUCUUAUUUCUCUAGAAUGAGUCCUCUCUGUGAAAGCUGCGGCGAGGAUGUCAACAAGGUGAAUCAGCAGGUUUCUGUGAUGAGGAAAGAAAUCAGGAACCUGAGGCAGAUGUUGGAAAGUGCCAUCAGAGCUAAUCGCAAACACAUGACAUCCAUUCAGUCAGUUGUGACAAAGGUUGGACUUUCUGAACCCGGCAAAGAGAAGAUACCAUCGCCACAAACGCCCCCUUUAUUAUCAUCACCACAGGCUUCUUUAGAGCAAGGAAACAUUCAGACAGUCCCAAUUGGUUACAUAAGUUCCUGUUUCUCUGUGAAGAAUGGGACCCCGAGACAGCCCACCAUUUGUGGACCAUCAAGGGCUGAACUGCAGAUCCAGCAGAGUGUCUUCAACAACCCUGAGCAUGCUCUGGUGGGCCUGGAGCAAUACUCUCAUGUCUGGAUCAUCUUCCUCUUUCACAAAAACGGGCACCUGAGUUACAAAGCCAAAGUGAAGCCUCCUCGCCUCAAUGGGCAGAGAGUUGGUGUGUACUCAACACGAAGCCCACACCGUCCGAAUGCUUUAGGUCUCACGCUAGCUAAACUGGAUAAAAUUGUGGGUGAUACAAUACAUCUGUCAGACAUUGACAUGAUUGCUGGCACUCCAGUUCUGGACAUCAAACCCUACAUCCCAGACUAUGACUCUCCUCAAACCAGGACGGGCAUGGAUUCAGAGCCUCAUGAUUCAAACACAAACAAAGUACAUUCAAAUGCUGUGUCACUAACUGAGACGGCAGUCAAAAUAAACUUCAACAAAGGCCCAGAAACAGAUCCUCCAUCAGGCUUUAAAAGUGAAAAAACGUUUGAUGAUGAUGAUGAUGAUGAUGAAAAUGAAAUAGAAAAACUUGAAACCUGUAGUCCAGGUCAACAUUCAACAAGUGUUGAACCUCAGUUCUCCCUUCCCAAAGACCUCCACAGUGUGCUGGAGGAGGUCAGGACUUUUGUGACUCAGGGCCAAACUUGCCAGCUGAAUUGUGAGAGAGACGAUCAAAUUCUAGAGUCUCCAAAAACAAAACCAACAGAGGUGACUUUAGACCAUCCUUGCUAUGGAGAGGAGGCUUACAGCACCAUCGCCAGCUGGAUCAGAGAGCCUCCUGUUGGGAGUCUGGAUGUGAGAUUCACCCCAAAUGCGGAGAGGGAGUUGGCAGAAUUUCUUCCAGCUCACUUGUCAGGACCCUCUGACAGGGACCGACCACAGUUCAAAUUUCUGCACGGUCCAGAAGAAGCUGCUGCUGCCAUCAGAGGGGUGCUAUCAGCCGACCCUCGCUCAGUCUACAGGAGGACACGCUGCAGAGACAGACUCUUUUUCUUUACCCUUGACACAGCUGACAUCACCUGCUGGUUUGGACGAGGCUUUGCUGAGGUGCUGCAGGUCCGACCUGUUGAGCAACACAAUGCCUCAGUGUGAGAAAUUGUUUUUCUGUAUGCAGACAAAUGUAAUCAGAAUCUAUUAAAUGUGCUUCCUUUCUAUGUUUUGAAGUAUUUGACAAGUGCACAAUUUGGUUGCAGGCUUGAUCAUUUAGACUUCCUUAAAAUCAGUCACACUGGAAACUACAUGAUUGGAAUUAAAUAAAAUAUUUCAGACAGGA